AAAAGAUGCAAGGGCAGACUGCACCUGCUCCAACUCGAGGCACUUCCAGACACAGUGGUGGCAGCGGGGAUGAUAGUGAGGAAAGAGAUGAGCAAGAGGAUAUAGGGAAUGAUGUUGUGGAUCUUCUGCCAAGAACAGAGAUCAGUGAUAAGAUCACAGCUGAAUUGGUGUCUAAGAUUGGGGACAAAAACUGGAAGAUCCGAAAGGAAGGUCUGGAUGAAGUGACGAGCAUCAUUAAUGAUGCCAAAUUUAUACAGCCGAAUAUAGGAGAACUUUCAGCUGCCUUGAAGUGUCGUCUCAAUGACUCCAAUAAAAUCUUGGUUCAACAAACACUGAGCAUCCUCCAGCAGUUAGCCAUAGCAAUGGGCCCAAACAUUAGGCAACAUGUGAAAAACCUGGGCAUUCCCAUCAUCACAGUUCUUGGAGACAGUAAGAACAAUGUACGUGCUGCUGCCCUGGCUACUGUGAAUGCCUGGACAGAACAGACCGGCAUGAAAGAAUGGUUGGAAGGAGAGGACCUGUCUGAGGAGCUCAAAAAAGAAAACCCUUUCUUAAGACAAGAGCUUCUGGGCUGGUUGGCUGACAAGCUGCCUACCCUCCGUUCUGUUCCUUCUGACUUCCUUUUGUGUGUGCCUCACCUGUACUCCUGCCUGGAGGAUCGAAAUGGAGACGUGCGUAAAAAAGCACAGGAUGCCUUGCCAUUCUUUAUGAUGCAUCUUGGUUUUGAGAAGAUGGCCAAAGCUACUGGCAAGCUGAAGCCAACUUCCAAAGAUCAGGUACUGGCCAUGCUUGAAAAAGCCAAAGCCAUCAUGCCAGCCAAACCUGCUGCUCCUGCUAAGGCAUCUUCCAGAGUGGUAGGAGGAGCAGCUCCAGCCAAAUUCCAGUCUGCAUCAGCACCUGCUGAAGAUUCAGAGUCCAGCACCAUGGAGCCCAAGCCUGACCCCAAAAAGACCAAAGCAGGAGGAGCUACCUCUAAAGCUAAGGGUGCACAAGGGAAGAAGGUACCAAGUAAGCCCAACCUGAAGGAAGAUGAUGACAAAUCAGGUCCUAUUUUUAUCAUUGUCCCAAAUGGGAAAGAGCAAAGAAUGAAAGAUGAGAAAGGACUGAAGGUGCUGAAAUGGAACUUCACUACUCCUCGUGAUGAAUAUAUCGAACAGCUAAAAACUCAGAUGUCCAGCUGUGUUGCCAGAUGGGUACAAGAUGAGAUGUUUCAUACAGACUUUCAGCACCACAACAAGGCAUUGGCUGCAAUGGUAGAGCACUUGGAGAGCGAAAAAGAUGGAGUCAUCAGCUGCCUGGAUCUGAUCCUGAAAUGGCUCACCCUUCGGUUCUUUGAUACCAACACAAGUGUUCUGAUGAAGGCCCUUGAAUACCUUAAAUUGCUUUUCACCUUGCUGAGCCAGGAGGAGUAUCAUCUUACGGAGAAUGAGGCAUCCUCUUUCAUCCCAUAUCUUAUCCUGAAGGUUGGGGAACCGAAAGAUGUUGUCCGCAAGGAUGUGCGUGCCAUUCUGAAUAGGAUGUGCUUAAUCUAUCCAGCCAGCAAGAUGUUCACUUUCAUCAUGGAGGGGACAAAGUCGAAAAACUCCAAACAGCGGGCAGAAUGCCUGGAAGAGCUGGGGUGUCUCGUUGAGUCAUAUGGCAUGAAUGUGUGCCAGCCAACUCCUGGCAAAGCAUUAAAGGAGAUGGCCAUUCACAUUGGUGACAGAGACAACACUGUCCGCAAUGCUGCACUCAACACCAUCGUGACUGUCUACAAUGUGCAUGGGGACCAGGUGUUCAAGCUGAUUGGAAAUCUUUCUGAGAAAGACAUGAGCAUGCUGGAGGAGAGAAUAAAGCGGGCUGCUAAGAGGCCCACUGCUGCGCCGGCAAGGCAGGCAGAAGAGAAACCUCAGCGUGCUCCGAGCAUGAACGCUAAUGCUAGUGUGCUGAGGAAAGGACCGGCUGACGACAUGUCUUCCAAACUCAACCAAGCCCGCAACAUGAGUGGCCAUUCUGAGUUAACUCAUACAGUUCCACGGGAAUUCCAGCUGGAUCUAGAUGAAAUUGAGAAUGACAAUGGCACAGUUCGAUGCGAGAUGCCAGCACUUGUACAGCACAAACUAGAUGACAUCUUUGAGCCAGUCCUCAUCCCAGAACCCAAGAUCCGUGCUGUGUCCCCACACUUCGAUGACAUGCACAGUAAUACAGCUUCCACCAUCAACUUUGUCAUCUCCCAGGUAGCCAGUGGUGACAUAAAUACUAGUAUCCAGGCUCUGGCACAGAUUGAUGAGGUUCUCAGACAGGAGGACAAAGCAGAAGCCAUGUCUGGACACAUUGACCAGUUCCUAAUAGCUACAUUCAUGCAGCUCCGACUGAUCUACAACACACACAUGGCAGAUGAGAAACUGGACAAGGAUGAGAUAGUCAAGCUCUACAGCUGCAUCAUCGGGAACAUGAUCUCGCUAUUCCAGAUGGAGAGCCUGGCUCGGGAGGCCUCCACAGGAGUGUUGAAAGACUUAAUGCAUGGCCUCAUUACUUUAAUGCUGGAUUCACGGGUUGAAGACCUUGAGGAAGGGCAGCAGGUCAUCCGAUCAGUCAACCUUUUGGUGGUGAAGGUUCUGGAGAAGUCUGACCAGACCAACAUAUUGAGUGCCCUGCUUGUUCUGCUCCAAGACAGUCUGCUAGCAACAGCCAGCUCUCCCAAGUUCUCAGAGCUUGUCAUGAAGUGUCUGUGGAGAAUGGUGCGGCUUCUUCCUGAAACCAUCAAUAGCAUCAACCUGGAUCGAAUCCUGCUGGACAUCCACAUUUUCAUGAAGGUGUUUCCCAAGGAGAAACUGAAGCAAUGUAAAAGUGAAUUCCCCAUAAGGACACUUAAAACCCUGCUUCACACUCUGUGCAAGCUGAAAGGGCCCAAGAUCUUGGACCAUUUAACAAUGAUAGAAAACAAGAAUGAAUCUGAGCUGGAGGCUCACCUGUGUCGAGUAAUGAAGCACUCCAUGGACCAAACUGGAAGCAAGACUGAUAAAGAGACAGAAAAGGGGGCUUCUCGCAUAGAUGAAAAGUCUUCAAAGGCCAAAGUAAAUGAUUUUUUAGCAGAGAUAUUUAAGAAGAUUGGCUCCAAGGAGAACACUAAAGAGGGUCUGGCAGAGCUGUAUGAAUACAAAAAGAAAUAUUCUGAUGCAGACAUUGAGCCCUUCCUGAAAAACUCAUCUCAGUUUUUCCAGAGCUACGUAGAACGAGGCCUCCGGCACAUUGAGAUGGAAAAGGAGGGCAAAGGACGCAUUCCUUCAUCUACAGGAAUUUCUCCUCAGACGGAGUUAACGUGUGUCCCCACUUCCACCAACACAGUGUCCUCAUCCAUAGGAAACACAAAUGGGGAAGAGGUGGGGCCUUCGGUCUACCUGGAAAGGCUAAAAAUCCUCAGGCAGCGUUGUGGCCUUGACAAUGCAAAGCAGGAAGACAGACCACCGUUGACAUCACUGCUCUCCAAACCAGCAGCCCCUACAGUUGCAUCCUCCACGGAUAUGCUGCACAGUAAGCUCUCUCAGCUCCGUGAGUCACGGGAGCACUACCAGCAUUUGGACCUAGACUCCAAUCAGACUCACUCCUCUGGCAUUGGAACCACCACCUCUUCCUCCUCUUCCACAGCAGCCAAUAUUGAUGACUUGAAAAAAAGACUGGAGAGAAUAAAAAGCAGUCGCAAAUGAAGCUGUUUGAGAGAGAGAGCAUGGCUGCUGCUUAGCUGUCUUCAGCUUUAGUUUACUAAACUAGAAGUCUUCAUAGUUAAAGGGGCCUCAUUUAGGCCUAGUGUAUACAAACUGGUUUAUGUAUAAUACAGUGGAUUUUGGGGGAUGAUCUGAGUCAUUGUGGCACAAGUAUUUGUACAUACUCUGCUUCUCAGUGAGCAUCUCUUGACAAUAGAAGAUUGUCUGUGUAUUAGGUGUAGUGUACAGACCUGUAAACAGCUGUCCUCCUGCUCAGACUAGCUUCUCAUACCUUGUUUUUUUAUUUGUAAAAUUGUCUUAAGAUCUUUUCUUAGCUCUUAACUCUUAGAAGCUCAUUAGUGGUUUCACUUUUAAUUUUGUGAAUUCUUCUCCAUGUAAGCCUUGAACUGUUGAUUCUGUAUGGACGCAUGGCAUGGCGUAACUAAUUUAAGUGUCUUUUUGUAAAUAAAGUUUGCAUUAACUAUA